AUGAAGAUCCUAACCCUUCUCGUAAACAUUCUGAACCUGAUUGGCUGCAAAUCCACUUCACUGCCUGAGGGUAACCGCUCCAGGAAGCUGUGGCACAAACUGUUCCGAGACGUCGAGAAUGUGACCUACGCCUGCAAUCAGGUCAUUCCAUUCAACCGUUUACCAAAGGAGGCAGAGGAGCACUUCAAUGAAACGGGAGGCUUCUGGUCACUUUCCUUCGACGAUGUUAGACGUGUGGGACAUCUGGAGGAUUUCAUCAGCCGCCUGAGGAAAGGGAUGUGGCAAUCGCCGAAUGGGUACGAUACUGGUCGACAGGAUAUAGGCCAUCCUGAAAACAUUUCAGCUAUUCAUUUAAGUGCUUUAGAAGCAGCCUUGGAUUUCCUAGAUUCUCUCCACUCACGAAGAGACAACGCAAUUAUUCGAGUUAAUCCAGUGCCUUUCCUAUGGCAAGACGUAUUUGUUAUGUACGCUUGGCUUUCUUGGGUGACUAUUUUCACCUCGCUCAUCGUAGCCUACAGCACCUUCUCCCAGUCAAAAGAGCAACACUGCAAUGCUGCUCCAGAUCAGACGAACUCGCCUGUAAUUGUACGCCUGUCUUCUGUACCUUACCAAAGCAGGACACACUUGAUGUGGCUGUUAGUGAUGGGGACGUUCUUUGCAUUACAUGAUGGAGGAGAGGCGGCCGUCCACUUACAGACAGACGACGUAGCCAGAGGCGAGUCUGGUCUCACAUGGCGUUACACACUUCCAACUCUACAAGAAUUCACCUUCUGCGUUCGACUCUACUCAUACAGGAGCCGUUAUUCGGAUUACUUCUUUUCCUACGCCAUUCGCGAUAGCGACAACGAGCUGGCCUUUCAUAUUAAAUAUGACAUAAAAGAGCUUCGAAUGGCCUGUUGCGGAAAGAGAAUCUUCCACAUCCUCGACAUAGACCUAGCACCACUGAGGUGGUUCUACUUUUGCGCCGCUGUGAAUCUGUCAUCACUAACAGCGACUUUCGUCCACUCAUUGGGCACCGCGAAUGGUACCUUGGAUGACUCAAGGAAAGGACUUCGAGAACCACUUCUCGUGAAUGGGGGUGGCAUAGUCAUUCUCGGACAAGAUCAGGACGAACCAGGAGGCGGAACAGACAAAGAGCAGAGUUUUAAUGGGAUUAUAUCAGAUUUGUAUCUGAUGAAAGGCUUAGCAACUCAUCAACAAAUGAUGGAAUACAUUGAGUGCAACAACGAUGCCAUAUGGCAGUCUUCUCCCCUCAUACAUUUCCAUAACAUAUCUCAAGACUUUAAGCUUGGGCCUUACACCGAGGAGAAGAGGAACAUGAGUACCUGUCCUCCAAAUAAUAAGAUUUAUUCCAUAUUCCCUGAGCCACGCAAUUAUAAAGAGGCGCUCCACUUUUGUUCAAUACUGAAUGGCAGGAUGGCUCUUCCUCUGGACGAUGAAGAUAAUGUGAUGCUUUACAGCGAAGGUAAGAAUUACUCGGUGAAAUGUUCUGCUUUUGAGAAAUCCGGUGGCGUGUGGGUAGGAGUCGAAUGGAACAAUAAGAAACGAAUUUGGCAGAAUACUUACACCAAACAAGCAUCAACCUUUAAAAAUUUUGGGGUUGAAAUAAGUCCUACGGCUGAAGAUCCCUUAUGUGUCCUCUCUCGAACCCAUUCGGAUUCUACUGACAUAAGAAGAGAUGGCAAUUGGGACAUCGAACUUUGCUCAAGAAGUGUCUGUACAGCCUGUCAGUUUGAAGAUUCCAGACCUCUUAAAAUCAGGGGCUUGUGUGAGGAGUCAAUAUUUGAUAGACAGUAUUAUGUUUAUAACAGAAUAAACGAACGUCCUGUUUUCAAUGGGAUGAGGUGGACUAAAAUUGCCUGGAAUAAUAGCCAAUCAGCCUAUGACUACACCUGGGUGCUAUACCAGAUCGCUGAGCCCAACGUGCAAGCUAGGAUGGUGAGAAAGUCCGAGUUGGAGUAUCCCAUUGGGGUGCACGAAUUCGAAGUAGUCGGAGACAAAUGUCCGGGGAAACUCAUUCAGCUGAAGCUCACAUCUUGCCCAGAUGGAAUGUACACCUGUAGCGAUGGGAGCUGCAUUAAAAUAGACAAGAGGUGUGAUUUAGAAUUAGAUUGUGCUGAUCGAGGGGAUGAACUUGGCUGCGUCACUGUGAUACUACCACCUGGAUAUGACAAGCGUAUACCCCCGCCAAAAAUAGAUAGUUCCACGCCUGCGCAAAUCUCCUUUGAUUUCAUAAUUCGGCUUAUCAGAAAGUUUAGCUUGCUGGAUUCUAACCUUGUUGUGGACUUUCUGAUCACAAGAAGUUGGUUCGAUUCUCGUGUACAAUACAAAAAUUUACACGAAACCAAAAACUUAAAUCUCAUUGACGGCAUAGUUGACGUGAUAUGGUAUCCGGAUGUUACGCUUCUUGGGGCAGACCAGAGUAUUGCUACAUCUGAGAUUUUAAGCACUACUGGAUGGGGCCAAAGACUCACAGAACCUGAACCAGACGAUGAUAAACGACUUGAUGAAGACGUGUUUUUCUCUGGCAGCGGUAAUCUCCUCAUGUUAGAGCGAGAGCUUACUGUUACUCUGAUGUGUACCUUUGACUUGACAAUGUAUCCUUUCGAUUCUCAACGCUGCCCAUUAAUCUUUUACGUGGGGGAUUAUACGAAGCAUUAUGUGAGCACAGUACUGAAUAAGGUGGAAUUUACUGGAACGAGACGUCUAUUUGAAUACCUGGUGACCAGCAUUGAACACGAGCCCUUAAUCUACCAAAACAAGAGCGGCCAACAAAUACAGAUCGUGAUGACCAAUCUCUACGGUUACUACAUCAGCGGCGCCUACAUCCCAACGCUUCUGCUGGUGAUCAUCUCCUACUCGACUUUCUACUUCCCGCUGGAGGAUUUCACGAACAGGAUCAUGGUGUCUUUGACGUCCUUACUUGUCUUGGCAUCUCUCUUCUCACAGAUCGCUUCCGGUUUACCCAAAACAGCCUACAUGAAACUGAUCGACGUCUGGUUCAUCUUCUGCAUUUUGGUGGACUUCGUCAUGGUCAUCCUGCUGGUCAUCAUAAACUCCCUCGUCGACAGCCAGGUGUCGCAUACCCCCAUCCAGGUUCUCAGCGCAAAUGAUUUUUCUGGAAAGGUGCCAGUGAUGAAGUCGGCGCUCAGAGUCGACGGCAAGCUAUGGAAUAAAAUGUCCCUGAUCCUGCUGCCGAUUUGCGUCGGUCUGUUCAUCAUCGUUUACUUCUCUGGCGUUGCUUACAAUCUGGGCAGUGUCAAGGAUACGUUUUAAGCCCCAGAAUGUUACUGAGCGACUGCUGGACUGGAUGAUCGGUUGGGUUGAUGAUUAUGUAUAUAAGCGUAUUCCUGAUAGAAACUAAAUUUAGAGGUAUUUACAAUUGACUAUUUCUCUUGCUUUUCUUUUCUGUCUUUUGAAGACCAUGUCAACUUUCCAGUUAUAAUUUAAUUUUAACUAAUAAAGUACGACCAUACAAUAAAUAAAUAAAUAAAUAAAUAAAUAAAUAAAUAAAUAAAUAAAUAAAUAAAUAAAUAAACUCAAUAGUGAAAGAAGGUAAAGACCAAGAUAAGGAUAAAAAUGUAAUGUGGAAUUUGUGAUGACUUGUGGGUACUGUCAAUUAAUCUAAAGAAGGGAUUGUUGACGUACAUCAGAGGGUCAGCAUUUGAACAAAGAACUUAUACUUAUGAUUUAAUAUGCAGUUUUUAUUUCUUAACGUGUGAAGAAGUUCAUGAUUGCUAGUCCUUAGAGGUAUUUACAAUUGACUAUUUCUCUUGCUUUUCUUUUCUGUCUUUUGAAGACCAUGUCAACUUUCCAGUUAUAAUUUAAUUUUAACUAAUAAAGUACGACCAUACAAUAAAUAAAUA